AUGACUGUGAUGGAUGUUGGCAAAGGAAACCAAAUGAGUCUGUCAUCAUCUAUCUCGCAUCAUCAAUUUCGUCAAUUGGAAAAAGAUAAUUUUGAUGCAGAGCGUUCAGACUUCAUCACUCCAAUACAGUUCAACAAUUGUGGAAGCUGUGAAAGAGCACUUGAAGAACAAUUUCCUUCCACAACCGUUGUUUAUAUUUGUGAUUUCCACAGAAUCCAAGCCAUGCAAAGAUGGGAGAAAGCAGGCAAAAAAACUAACUACGGAAAAACAAGAAACGUUCUUGAACUGAAUGCAAAGAAUAUCAUAUGCAACUGA